AUGCCCAAACACCUACUGGUCAAGGGCGCAGUGUACCUGGCGGCACUGGCCUGGCUGAGCAGCGCGGGCAUACCGGGACUUCACAAAUGGGUAAUCCAAAACUUCCCCAGCUGCGUGAAGGUAGUAGAAAAGAACAACCUUCUGGAUGUGACGCACUUGACGAGGAGGAAUUUCGGAAAUGGAAAGGAUCAUAAAAAAGGAGGCAAUGAUUGGAAGAAGGGGCCAACCAAAAUUGGUCACGUAGAUAACCUUCUAUUUGAUAUGAACCAACUGCUACAUAAAGCAAACGUACAGUUUGUUAACGAUGAACAAUAUUUCUGCAAGCUCUCCUAUUUAAUAAGAAAUGUGCUGAGGAAAUUUCCCCCGCAGAAAAACAUCGUGUUCGCUAUUGAUGGCAUUUGUCCUUUUUCAAAACUGAAGUUACAAAUUAAAAGACGAGCAAAAGGAAAAAAGCUCCAGGAUGGAGACAACUCAAAUGAUAUAACCUGUGGCAGUCCCUUCAUUCAGAGGGUAGCAAUAUUUCUCCAAAAGUUCGUAACCUUUUUAGUAUCGUUGCCGAAGUAUAAGCAUAUAAAAGUGUACGUUUCUACAGAUAGGGAAGUGGGUGAGGGCGAACUCAAACUAAUGAAUUGGAUCCAGAACUAUGUAAGGGGGAACAGUUCGCAAAAUGAGGAGAGUAGUAUACAUGUCGGUACCCGCAAGGCGGCGGACGAAUCAUUCGUCAUCGUGGGGGCAGAUGCUGACCUUCUCCUUCAGUGCCUAGCUUUGAAGGAUAUACGUAAUGUGUGUGUGUACACAUACCAGACGUUCCUCGUAGAUGUCGGAGCGUGGGAAAAGAAGAAGAAGGAGGAUUACCUCUCGGGGUUGAAUCGGCCAAAUGGCGAAGCCGACAAUAUUGGGGCUUCCAUCCCAAAAUGGAAAAAGAAAAAAAUAAAAGUCUUGUACAACCUGAACACAUUUACCAACCUCUUUUGGAAAAAGUAUCCGAGCGCCAUCGACCAAAUCAGAAGAGACAUGCUCAUCCUGUUUAUCCUAAAAGGGAAUGACUAUUUGCCAAAAAUCAGAGAAGGCAAUUUUUCCACCUUUUUUCAAGCCUAUUUUAACAUGCUGGACAGGGAGGUACAGCUAGAAGAAACUGGGGUCAGUUCCUACGGAGGACUUUUGACAGAGGAGUAUACUCUGAAUAAGCCACAAUUUGUUCGAUAUUUAAAUCAAGUGCAUAAGCUGGUGAGUCUGCCAAGGUACUAUCUUCAAAGAUUCAAAGAUCUUACAGAUCAGGGUGAUAAAAUUAAAGGAACAGAAAUAGAUGAAGAAGGAAGGGGCUUCUUCAAAGAGCACAUGUCGUAUCUCCCACUCUCUCUCCUAAAUGAACUGAUCAGCAAAAGGAAAAUAAAUAAAAAUGACUUGCACAUUGAGGUGCAGAAGGAAGAGGGCUCCGAUUUGUUCAGGUGCACUAUGACACAGUGCUACAUGGACGGAAGGACUUCCACUUAUAGUGGUUCCUCCAGGAGGAAGAAGGUUGCCAUGCACCUUGCCUCCCAUGACUAUUUGGAAAACGAGUUCCCCUCGUGCAUGCGCUUUGUUGAUUCGGGGCUCCUCAGGAAGAUAGUCCAAGGAGGAGAACAAGGCGGGGCUACCCAGGAUGGCAAUUUGGAAGAAGAAAGAGGAUCAUCACCCGAAAGGGAAAACGGAACAAUCCAAGGGAAGGCCGAACUUUCGGAUGAGCCGUCUGGAAAAGAACAACUAAGAAACCCCCCCGUGAAGGAAGAACACAGUGAAACCCAAAUACACUUGAAAACAUUUUACGUACAAAAUUGUGGAGGGGAAGCAAAUUUCCAGGAAGAAAUGAACAGCUGCGAGAAUUACCUUCAGGGGGUUCACUGGCUAGUCCAAAUGUACACACAAACGUGUUGCCUGAAUUUUAAUUUUUUCUACAAGUAUACAACGAGUCCCUCUUUGCUGAGCUUAUACUACUUCCUAUCCGGGGGGGACAGCGAGACCAAGCACACCGUCAUGGAAAAUACCAAUCGUGCGAAUGUGGAAACGAACAUUCUGCAAAACAUCAAUCUGAACGUGUUCAGAAACAACCAGGAAUAUCACAAGUUUAUAAAUUUCUGCGUGGGGAGAUACACUCGGGGCGUUAUGAAGGAGAAACAGGGAGAGAAGGAGGAAGAACCCCCUGAUCAUGUACCUCAGAAAGCUUACUUCGAAAAUAUAUACGACAUCCUUUUCUGCAGAAAUGCAAAUGUCUUAAUGAGUCAGAUCCAAAAAUUGAACCAGCAGUUAAAAGGCAACCUCCACAGAAGGAAACAAAUUGUGAAAUACUACUGGGAUGUGUAUGCAAGUAGACUGAAAAAAUGUUGUAAAGUUAUUUUCUACAGAGGGAAGAAAAUAUAUCUUGCCAAAUUUCCUCUCUUCCGGAUUGCAUCCCAGAAUGAGGACUUCCACAAUGGGAUAGGUGCAGAUGGGGGUGAAACACCUUCACGUGGAUUCAACAUUGACAGUCGUAUGGGGGAAACUCGCAUCAACAACUGCAACGAUAAAGCGGAAGAUCGUUCCUUUCUAUAUGAUGGCAUGAAACAUGUGAGUAGAACACAGAAAAGGGGCUUCUGCACGAAGGCUAUGAGCGAGCACCCAGCUGAGUUAGACUCAUGUGUUAGAGGGAACCCCAGAAAGGUGAAACGAGUUAUCCAUGUCAAACAAGCGAGACGGACGAAUGUUGUUUUUCGGUAG